AUGUUAUGGGUCAGGAUACACAGGUUUCUGGAGAAGACUAAAAGAAAGAAUGCAUUAAAUAAUAGUCCAGAAAAUGGAUCUGAUCCUGUAGCUAAAUCACAGGAGAAAUUAAGAAAGAAAGUUACUACCUUGAUGAAAAAGCAAAAGGUGCAACAAGUAAGAGGAAUAGUAAAGGAACAGGAUGAUACAAAGCCAUGGGGCCAGGAUGCUCAAGUCAAGGUCAGGAUACACAGGUUUCUGGAGAAGACUAAAAGAAAGAAUGCAUUAAAUAAUAGUCCAGAAAAUGGAUCUGAUCCUGUAGCUAAAUCACAGGAGAAAUUAAGAAAGAAAGUUACUACCUUGAUGAAAAAGCAAAAGGUGCAACAAGUAAGAGGAAUAGUAAAGGAACAGGAUGAUACAAAGCCAUGGGGCCAGGAUGCUCAAGUCAAGGUAGGCUGCCGUUUGAUUCAAUUGUUGUUAGAAAAAGCCUAUAUUCAACCUCCAAUUGAUCAAAUAGAUGAUGGUCCACCUGAUAUUCGCCCUGCAUUCAUACACACCCUGCAAACAGUCGAAACACAGUGA